AAUGUGAAUAUAUAGUGUGAGGGGGUGGGAAAGGCUUCCUACAAAGACCGCAAGGCUACAAAGAUCGAAACGAACUGCCAUGGCCAUCCCGCUCCCGGGGAAGACGCAGCAGCAAGGGGACGGCAAGGGUGCGGUUGAUGACGACGGGGAAGACCAGCCGUCGGUGGCGUCGGAACUGCGGGAGCUGUGGCGGAUGGCGGCGCCAAUCACGGCGCUCAACUGCGUCGUCUACCUGCGGGCGAUGGUGUCCGUGCUCUGCCUCGGCCGCCUCGGCCCGCUCGACCUCGCCGGCGGCGCGCUCGCCAUCGGCCUCACCAACAUCACCGGCCACAGCGUGCUGUUCGGCCUCGCCUCCGGCCUCGAGCCGCUCUGCGCGCAGGCCUUUGGCUCCAAGAACUACGACCUCCUCACCCUCUCGCUCCACCGCGCCGUGCUGCUGCUCAUCCUCGCCGCGCUGCCCAUCGCGCUGCUCUGGCUGCACGUCGGCCCAAUCCUCGUCGCGCUCGGCCAGGACCCGACCAUCUCCGCCUCCGCGGCGGCCUACGCCGCGUACGCGCUCCCGGACCUCGCCGCCAGCGCCGUGCUCCAGCCGCUGCGCGUGUACCUCCGCUCGCAGGGGAUCACCAAGCCCAUGGCCGCCUGCUCCGCCAUCGCCGUCGCGCUGCACGUCCCGCUCAACGUGCUGCUCGUCUUCGGCCUCGGCUUCGGCGUGCGCGGCGUCGCCGCCGCGCAGGCGCUCACCAACACCAACAUGGUGCUCUUCCUGCUCGCCUACAUCCGCUGGUCGGGCGCCUGCGACGCCACGUGGAAGGGCUGGGCGCGCCCCACCGCCGUGGCGAGCGGCCUGGCCGGCCUCGUCCGCCUCGCCGUGCCGAGCUGCGUCGGCGUCUGCCUCGAGUGGUGGUGGUACGAGGUGGUCACCGUGCUCGCCGGCUACCUGCCGGACCCCGCCGCCGCCGUCGGCGCCGCCGGCGUGCUGAUCCAAACCACCAGCCUCAUGUACACCGUGCCCAUGGCGCUCGCCGCCUGCGUCUCCACUCGGGCGAAACGACAAAAGGCUUGUGGUUUGUUUUUGUUUCUUCCUCUGGCCAUUGGUGCUUGGUCUUGUCAUGCAUGUCAGCACAGUGCUGAACAGUGUUCAUCGAUUUUAUUGGGGGCCAGUGAGAAGCUCAGCUCGCAGCAGCAGAACAGUAGGGGGUCGCUAGAAAAGACAGAAUCUUGCACACCGAGUACCCUGUUCCUUUCCACUGUUGGUGAAUUCAGCACAGUGCACGAUGAAUUGAUGAUGAUGAUGAUGAUGCAGGUGGGGAACGAGCUAGGAGCCGGGAAGCCGCGGCGGGCGAGGAUGGCGGCGAUGGUGGCGCUGGGGUGCGCGGUGGUGAUCGGAAUGAUCCACGUGGCGUGGACGGCGGCGUUCAGCCGGGAGUGGGUGGAGCUGUUCACGAGGGAGGCGUCGGUGGUGCGGCUGGCGGCGGCGGCGAUGCCUAUCCUGGGGCUGUGCGAGCUGGGGAACUGCCCGCAGACCACCGGCUGCGGCGUGCUGCGCGGCACGGCGAGGCCGUCCAUCGGCGCGCGCAUCAACCUGCUGUCCUUCUACCUCGUCGGUACCCCGGUCGCCGUCACCCUGGCGUUCGGCGCCCCCCGCGUCGGCUUCGGCGGCCUCUGGUACGGCCUCCUCUCCGCGCAGGCCGCCUGCGUGGCGCUCGUCCUCCUCGCCGUCGUCUGGCGCACCGACUGGCACCUCGAGGCCCUGCGCGCCAAGAAGCUCACGAGCCUUGAGAUCACCACGCCCCCCGCCGCCGCCGCCGCCGAGGAGCGCAAGCGGCUCGUCGCGCCCGGCGACGCCGUCGACGACGUGUAGGCCCCUAGCACGCACGCACGCGCGCUUCUUGCUUCGGCACACGGCGGACGCUACACGCAUCCAUGAUCCAUCGAAGCUAAAAGCUAGCGUUGCAUUGGCUGCAGCUGGUGUUCGUCCGUACGCAGGCACGCCCGUACACGCAAACCAGACAUGCUUUCACUGCCUAAUUACUAGUAGUAGAGGGUGCACUGCAGUGUUGAUCUAUCGGAAUCCACAACCUAAGCAACUUGCACGUACUAGUACUGGUGAGGCCUUUUUUUGUGUGUGUGCAGUGUCUGCCAGCAAAGUUAAAGUUUUAUAAUUUUUAGUACCCUUUUGCUACCAUCAUGUAAAAAAAAACCGGGGGUUUUAAAUGCCAUAAAAUUUACCGCUAGGGUUUUGAAACUACCAUCAGAUGCAUAAUGUGCAUGGUGCCGUGGUAGAAAGCACGUACUGCCUGGCAAUGGUGUAGAGUGGAGAUGGGAUGGAGGUGUAGAUUUUGAACUCUCGAUGAGGCUCACUUAUCUAUUAUAUG